GCUGGCCUCAAAAAUCACUCAUUUACUAGCUCCUCCUCCAACUGUUGAGAGAGAAGAAACCCAAGAAGAGAUUUUUGAAGGGUUUAGAAAGAGAGAAAGAGAUGAAGAUACAGUGCAACGUGUGCGAGGCAGCUGAGGCCAACGUACUAUGCUGUGCAGACGAGGCAGCUCUGUGCUGGGCUUGUGAUGAGAAGGUUCACAAAGCCAACAAGCUCGCAAGCAAGCACCAGAGGGUUCCUCUGUCUGCAUCUCACAUGCCCAAAUGCGAUAUCUGCCAGGAGGCAGUUGGGUAUUUUUUCUGUUUAGAAGAUCGAGCUUUGCUCUGUAGAACAUGUGAUGUUGCUAUACACGCUGCUAAUAGCUUGGUGUCAGCUCACCGGAGGUUUUUGCUCACCGGAAUCAAAGUUGGCCCUGAGCCAACUGAGCCUGAUUCUGGAGGUGGUGGUGGUGGUGGUGGUGGUGUUGUUGGUGUUGGUGUUGGUGCCUCUUCUUCUUCUGUCAAGUCACGUUCUGGGUCUGGGUCUGGGUCGAGAUGCGAUACGCACAAUCCAAUGCCUGUGGAGUGCAAGGUAGCACCGGCCGGUGUUGAUGUGAUGCCUUUUGCUGGGGGUUCUUCAGCUGGGACUGUUCCUCAGUGGCAUAUAGAUGACUUUCUGGGACUCUCUGAUUUUGAUCAGAGUUUUAGCUACACUGAAAAUGGAUCUUCCAAGGCUGACUGCGGUAAACUUGGGGAGUAUGACUCACCAGCUUUAAAAUCAUCUGAGGAGGAAAUGGAAGAUUAUGAGUGCAUAGGUGAGGUGCCAGAGACCUCUUGGAUGGUACCCCAGAUACCUUCCCCACCUACAGCCUCGGGACUCUACUGGCCUAGAAGUUCUCAGAUUUCAUCUGAUUUUGCAAUGUUUGUUCCAGACAUUUGCCACUCACAAAUGCAAAACCCUCUUUAUUCUCAACAUAAUGCUGGGCUGAUGUGACAUCUUAGACAAUCGUAACAACUGAUGACCUGUCCAUGACUGUUUGCCUCCCAUGUCUUGUGCAUUGGCUUCUCUCUUUCACAUGCAGUUUACAGAGGCUCACAAGGGCUGAUGCUAGCAUUUUUUAUAUUUGAUAUGGUUAAGACUGUGAAGCAGUAUGAUUGAACUAAUAUGUCAUUGGUUCUCAUUGAGAUGCAUUGAGCAUCACAAAUAAAAGUUUAUCCGUCUAUA